AUAUUACCUCGCCUCUUUUCUCCAAAGAAAGCUCGCCGAGCCCACGACUGGUUGCGAUCUGGAAACCACAAUUAUGAUGGUAUGUGAACCCUUCGGUUUUACCACAAAUAGGCUCUUCCUUUUUAAACAAGAGCUUUCAUCUCGAAGCAUUGUAUGCUCGGGAAUCUUUCUUCCUAUUCUAUCGCAAUUUUAAUUGUUAACUUUUCGACCCAAGUUAAAAUAAAAAUCAAUUCCAUAUCCUUGAAUGCUGCAACGAAAGCGUUGCGAGAUAUGUUCAUAUUUUGGGUGCAGAGGAGGGGGGGGGGGGGGGGUGUAACAAGAAGGCUUCCAACAACAUGUCUAGCGCAACAAAAUUGCAAGACAAGAGUGAGGAGAACUUUGACGUCUUGUUACCAUGGUAGCAAAAUUUCUGGAUCUCAAGAGGAGGCGUGAAACAUGUCAGCUGCAAAAUCGUGUUUUCAUGAUAUAUCUUGCGUGAGCGAGCUUUGCCGUUGAUUGUUUUAUUGCAGAAAAAUUAGCUGUUCUUAAACAGUUUUGGAUUAAAGAUGAAGAACGGCAAGCCACUGACAAGGUAAGGAGUGUU